GUGCUGGCAUACUGCUAGCAUUUUGCUAUUUGGGUAUAUAUGUAUAUUGGUACCAGAUUUGACAAAUUAAAUGAGCAUAUACAAUGCCUAAUAGUAAGAGAGGAACAUGGAUUGAGAUGUAAAUGGAAGAAACCUAUCGCUAUUUUUCAUCACAGUUCACAAAUUGAUAACUACAAACAAACAUUGUGGAUUUCAAUGCAUCUUUAUUCAGAAUUAUGUCGCAUUACUCGUGAAAUAAAUCUCAUAUUUGGAACACAUAUAACUUUUGAAAUGGCAAUCUAUCUUUUCUAUAUAACAUCACUGAGUUAUGGAUUAUGCAUGAUGCUAAUGCAAAAAGUGUCAAAAGAAAUAUUACAAUCAUUAAUGUCAUGGAUUUGUCUUAAUCUUUGGUUAUUAAUAACAUCAAUAAAGCUAUACAUUAUACAUUAUAUAUGUGAAAGUGUCAUGAUAAAGGCAAAUAAAAUUGACAAAAUAAUUCAUCAAUUAACUCUUCGAUAUACCGAUAUAUGGAAAGAG